CCGGUACCUACCUACGUAGCCAAAGUGUACAUGAUGCGUCCCAACCCGCCCAACUACCGGCGCUGGCAGCACCCUACUGGUCGACAGGCAGAGUCGCAGUGGCCUGAGCUGACACCGGCAAACAGUGGGUCCCCGCGCCAUCUCGGCUCCGGCACCCAACGACGAGAAACGGGACGUGGCGAUUACACCUCCACAGGGACGCCUACUAUGUGGGUACCUCGGCGGGUUAAGGAUCCAGAGCAACGCGACCGGGGAACCACGAAAACCCUGAUGACGUGUGCCCAACCUUCAGUACUGACCGCCGAUGUAGAUCUCGACGUGCCGGCACCCGCUGUCCGUUCCCCGCUGCGUCGCCCCCGCAUGACGUGUUUUUUCAUUCCUGAUCUUGGGCCUGGACCAAAGGACGUUUUCAGGGUGGUCCCUCCUCUCCGAACCCAUGGCGUUCAAUCCUCACACAUGACUAAAGUGCGCAUCAAUCACUUUGGAUGAGAUCGCUCCGAGACAUCUCGAUAAUAACCAAGACAAGCCGACUGGGGACCGAUGAGCCGCCACGCAUGCACGAAGACACACGCGCCUACAUAAUCCUGAAAGCUUGCCCGCAAGCCCGUGAAGGACCAAACGCUGGCCAGCGACAUUGACGGCUGCCCGACGAGAGCCGGUUCGUGAAAGCUGCGCUAGCGUCCUUGAUGCCGCUCCAUGGUUCAAGCUAGCGACGCACAGCACCUCAUUAUCUUGCCUCGCAGUUAGUGUAUCCGCGUCUAUCCUCGGCGACAUGUGCAUGAAGUGUGU